AUGUACAUGACUAUGAUGGUCUCCCUCCUCGUUGGAGGCACCAUCGCCAUGCCCGCCAUUGCUCCGGACGCAACCAACCUCACCAUCCACAACAAGCUCACGACCGAAAUCAGCGGUGGACCAUACUCCGGCGACCUGACCUGGUUUGACACGGGCCUCGGCGCCUGUGGUGGCUGGAACGUCGGGACCGACUGGAUAGCCGCCGUCUCCCACAUUGUCUUUGACCGGAACGCGCGAGGCACGAACCCCAACAACAAUGGCCUCUGUGGUCAGAAGAUCCACAUCCAGCGUGGUGGCCGUACCGUCGAGGCAACCGUUGUUGAUCGCUGCGAGGGCUGCAAGGAGAAUGAUAUUGAUGUUACUCGCUCCCUCUUCCAGCAGUUUGAUGACCUUGACCGUGGCCGUAUUGGUAUUGUUUGGUGGUGGAACUAG